AUGCAGUUCUGCAGAAAGGUGCUGUGCCAGCCAUGUAGUGCCAGGGUCACUUCACCACAGGAGGACAUGGAAUACAGGAUGGGGAGCUGCAUCGGAAUCUCACACAGCCAGCCAGAAGAGGGCGCUCCAGAGAAUGUUGUUCUGUUUCCACCACAGGAAACUCAAAAUGACAGCUUUCAGGCUGAAGUUGAGAGUUUGACCCAGAGGGACGACAGGACGCUGCUGACCGAGGUCUCGGCGAGCCUGCAGAGUCUGCCGCUUCAGCCGGUGUACCCCGACGUCCCGGUCAUCACCGGAGUGGAGGAGAGCGGGGGUGCUGCUGCAGACCAGGAGGACAAGGAUGAGCUAGAGUUUCCACACGACCUGCUGCCCAGUCUGGACUUCAGCAGUGAGUUCAACAUCUGGGGGUCAUCGCUGGGAGCUCAGACGAGCUCAGGGAAAUGUGAGCAGGUGAACCCUUUGCUGGCGAGCCUGCAGCAUCACGUGGAAGUGAGUGGACCGCGGGUGGUUCUAGACACAAGGCCUCAUGACAGCGACCCAGUUCCCACAGGUGCCCAGCCUCCACCUCAGCUCGCUGCCACACCUCACUCGGGUGUCCGACCCCUGACCCCUCCCUCAUCUGCGCUCAUAGACAGGGAGCUGCAAGCGGCCUUCCAGGAAUGUGAAGAGCAAAUGGCCUCGCUGGGCCUUCUUACUCCCAUAGAGCAGCCUGGCAUCACGCAGGAGACUGUUCACGAUGAAGGAAAGAAAACUGAAGGCGUGACAGUUAAUAAGUCCAGUGAGUCAUCGUCACCGUCUCCAAUCAUAGUCCAGCCAGGACAAAGCAGUGGAGGCCAUGGAAACAAGAACACACAUGGAAACAGUGAGGCAGCAAACACUCAGAGAGACGUACUUGUGUUUAGUUUCAGGAAUUAUAUACUGGGCACUGAGGAUAGUGCCGGAGCAGCAGAGACAAAAUGUGAAAUAAAAGUAACACAGAGCACAGAUGGAUGUGCAGAGAUUAAGUCAGAAAAAGAACGAGAGCCUGAUAAUGGGUUUGAUUACAAGCAACCGCUGAGUCCUGCAGGACCGCCCAGCCCCCAUCUAUCACCCUCACAGAGCCGAGAGGAUCGUCUUACUGACUGCUCACCUGCGACCAGCCGGGGUCCUUCUCAGAGGACUCAUCUGUCAGAUAACCUCAGCCCUGCAGAUGCCCCAUGUGGCGAGAGCUCAGACAAGAACACGCAGAGGAGGCAACAUGCACCCGGAGGUGUCAUCAACAACCAAAAUACACCCGAGACACAUGUCCAAACUACAGUUAUCGAUGCCUGUGCUUCUGCUGGUGAGAGAUCGGAUGCACAAACACAGGAGGUUAUAGUUACCACAGAAGCAGCAAAACCCACGCAGGAGAAACUGAGCCCACUCACCGACAGUCCAACUUGUGUGGGAGAGAGUUACACGGAGAGUGCCCUUGAACAGGCUAUAGUGGUGGUAGCUGCGUUGCCACUGACAACACCCACGAUGCCAGAAGUGAUAAAAAGCAAGGGAGAGGGCGAGAGCGUGAGUUGCAAUUCACCGGAGAGAGUAGCUACUGUAGCAUUUGCAGAGAGUGAGAAAGCGGGAGCAGAGGAGGGAUUGGGAGGAAGAGAAGAGUGCCUCAGCUCUGCAGACGGAGAGAGAGAAAGGCUCCUGGACAGCCCUCCUCGGCUCCCAUUAUUCUGUUCACAGGGAAAAUGUGGACUUGCAUUCUCGGCCAAAGACGGACAGUCGGUGUCUGAGAGAGGCUGCAGCGGCAAAAUGCCACACAACUCGGCUGAGACGGAAAUGAAGGGACCGCGAGAGACCACCGCUCAUGUUGCAGACGCAGAGAGCCCGCCAGCCGAAGAGGGAGACAGAGAGAAGGACACGCUCCUGUUAGAGGCGUACAUCAAUAAUUCUCCCCUAGGGAUACUUACUGGUCCUCAUCGUCAGGCUCACAGUGCUGUGGGAUUGGAGGGAGCAGGAGAGGGGGGAGGAGGACAAAGAAAGGAGGUGGAAGAGAAAGGAGGGCUUGCUACAGACCACAGUUCAUUCAGCCAGCCAGAGGGCUAUGCUAGUGGGGUGUCAUCAGCUGAGACUGAGGAGUGUCCGCCCACCGAUGUUGCAGAGUCACAGCCCAAGUCACAGAGCCGGAGUGAGCCGAAUGCUGCCGUCGCUGAGAGCAUCUACACCGAACAGCACCAUCACUCUGACUCCGCACCGCUCCCCACUCAGCCUGAGCAGAGCUCCAGCAGUGCAAACAAAGGGGUGAGGGCUGAUCUCAAACAGAAUUUGAUUCCAGGCGAAGCAGUGUCUUUGGGACACACUUGUGAGGAGUCAUCCAUCACAGAGACAGAGAGAAACGACAGCCAGCUCCUGCUCAAACCUCCGCCUCUGACUACUCCGCAACGAGCCCCAGUCGAGCGGCAAAGAAGCAACGAUCAACAGGUACAGCCUGAGAGUGGCACCACAGAAAGUGCAGCUGAGAGCCAAGUUCAAGCCCACAGCAACACUGGUAACCCUGCUAUGUCCGGAAUGGCUGUGUUAGUGUGUGGAGGCAGCAGUGGAGGCAACCACAGAGUUCACUUUGCAGACACAGUGAAAGGAGAGGGCAGUUCCUCUGUGGAUCUCAGGAACAGGUCAGUGCUGCCGAUGGACUACGCCUCUCUGCUUCCCCUGAUUGUACAUGAGAGUUUGCAUCAUCCCGUGGUUGAGGCCAGCUACAUCUUCCCAGAUUUCCUCAGCUUGAAGAAGCCAGAAAUCCCCACCAGUGCAGCUUCUACCAAGGAUGAACCAACGACACAAAGCUCAGCAGACUUUCCGAAAGAGAUUGAGUUGGAUAAAGGAGAUUUGGCGACCAAAGAUACCAAGGAGAAUGUUGCAAUAGAUCCGUCAGCAGGAAGUGCCAUCUCUAACCCUGAUAUUGGAACAGCUGAACAGGUGUCGACAAAUGUGAUCAAGCAAGAAGAGGCGACGACGCCCAGUGACCCCGGUCAUCACCACCCUACCCCAUUAGAUCAAACCGAUCCUUUGAAUGAUCAGCAGAGUGAAAAUGAAUCAGGGACUUCAGAAGUGACAGUCUCUGACCGGUCGAUUCCUGCUAUCGAGCAAUGUGCCAGUAAUCCUGCUUUUGUGCUGCGGCCCCCUGGUCCAAUGUUGAGUCACUGGGAGUUCAUUAAUGACUGUGGUAUCUGUCUUCCUGAGGAUACAGAGAAGCGCAUUGCUGAGGGUGACGCCACCAAAGUCUCUGGAGAGGUGGAGGACAGCAAGAGCGGGGAAAUGACACGUAUGUCUUUAGCGUGGGAUCUGGAGCACGCUGAUCAACAGAAGCAACAGCAACAGCAGAGUCAGGGCUGCAGACACCCCACAGAGGAGGCAUCAGGUGAUUGCCUAGAGGGGGGAGAAAAAAAGGAGAAGGCCGAAGCCCUGCUUCCAGGAAGAAAAGAUGCAGAAGAAGAAAGAGACGCUGCUGUCGAGAGUUUGUGUCAGUCAGAAAGCAGGAAGGGGUUGAUACAUGAUGACAGCAGAGGCUCAGAACAAGUAUUAGGUCCAGAGAAAGAAGAUGCAGAGGGAUCACAAGCUGUUAAAGGAGUUGACAGGGUUGCAAAAGAGGCUGAGGAACUUCGUACAGAAACAUUCAGUGCCCUGCCUGAUCCUGAUGGGCAACCGGAAACUGUGGAAAACGACGUUAGUGCUGCAGUAGCUGUGAAAAGCAACAGAAGUGAAGCUGAGGAGUGUGAAAUGCUGGAUUCAGUGUGCGGGUCUCUUGAGCUGCAAAGCCCCAAUAAAAGCUCAGUCACACAGAGCAGCCCAGUAGCACAAACAGCCAUAAAAGGCCCUGAUGUAGAGGAGAUCACAAGGGAAGAUAAAGCAGCGUUGGACGGAGAGAAAGCCAGCAGCCAGGGGAACGGACAAAAGGCUGCUGAGAGUCCUGAUCCUGGACUAACAGCCCACAAACCGGAUGCUGACUGGAUAAAAGCUCUAAAAGAGGCUGCAUCCUGUUGUCAGAGUCACCAGAGAGUUAAGUCAGUGGAGACCUCAAGAGCCCUCCCGUCUCUGGAGUCUCCUCAACUAGAGUUUCUCACUCCGACCGAGGAGGUAGCUGCUCCUCUGAAACAGGAGGAGGAGGAGGUCCGGCCACCAGACUUGGCAACGGAGAAGUCCACAGAGAUCCCACCUCUGAAUCGUGUGAAAAAGCCAGUGGAUUUUCCUGAACCUUUAAAGAAGUCAAUAGAUCUCCCAGAACCAACACAGCUGACGGUCAAGUUUUCCGAACCAACCCAAAGCACAAAAGAAGAACCCUCAGAUUUAACCAAGAAACAAGAGGAGUCUCCCGAAGAACUUCCAGAAGCCAAAGCAGAUCCGCUAAUUUCUUCAGAAAUUGAAGAGGGGAGCGCGGAGCUCCUAGAACCAGCACAAAGCACAGAAGAGCUGCCAGAAUCAACAGAAAAUGAGGAACCAGAACCAACAAAGGUGACAACCGAGCCCCGAGAACCUGAGGAGAAGCUGAUUAGUGAGCUGUUAGUGGAAGAACCUGUGGAGACCCCACCAGAGGAGCCAGUGAAGGAGCCGGCUGAGGCAGAGACUGAAGCAGUCCAGGAUCCUGCACAGAGAAGUGGCUGUCCCCCUGCCUCUCCCCUGCCUCCCACUUCCCCCUUCCUGCCUGAGCCCCCUCCUCACCUCCACGACAGCGCGGAGUUCCCCACUCCUCCUCCCACACCCCCGGAGAGACACACACCUGAAGUAACCCCACCUGCAUCCCCCAGCCUUCCUCCUCCUCUCCCUCCUCCCGCAGCCCCUGCAUCCCCUCCUGUACCUCCUACUCACGAGGACCCCGGCCCUGCUUCUGCACCCUGCCACCAGAACUUAAGGAGCUCAGAUUCUGAUGGAGCGUUUGAGACCCCUGAAGCUACCACUCCAGUCAAGGCUGUUUCUCCUGUAGACCCCCAGAUCCUGCUUCUGACAUCUGAUGACAAAGUAGCAGAGACCUCAGUCAGUGACCCUGCCUCUGACUUGACUUCAAUUGAUGAACGAUGCCGUUCUCCAUCUAUUGUUUUUGAUGAAAACAAGCCAAUCGCAGCCAGUGGCACAUACAACAUUGCGCAUAAUGCUACUGAUUCAUCAAGUCACACACUCGCUCGAUCCCUCAGCCUCCAGGGAGGAGAGCUAGAGAGCUGUGGUCUGUUUGAUGGAUCCACAAAAGGAGGUUUCCAACCAAAUUCAGAGUCCUUCAGCGUAGGCACAGAGAGUGCCCCAGGUACACUCCACAGGCCCAAGAAGGUCCGUCCUGGUUCUGUGAAGAAGAAGCCUCUUGUUAGACAGAACUCCAACCCAGAAAGUCCAAGGCCUGCCUCAUCCAGCAGCACCCCAGAGGUCAAGAAGCGGGCAAAGCCUCGAACUGCCAGCCCUCUCCUGGCUCAGGAGGAAGCAGAAGGAGGAUCUGCAACACCGAGCCCUGGAGGAACCCUCCGCAGAACCAGGAAGAACCGUGUUGAAACUCCACCUCCUCUCCUGGAAGAGACCAAUCACACCAGCCAAGAAGAGAGCCUUGUCAUCCCUGCCUUACCCUUGUGCCACGAGGAGACACCUCUCCCUGGUAGUGCAACAGACCAAGAAGAAUCUCCCAUCCCCCCUUGUACCUCCUAUAAAUGGGAUCCAGAUAAUUUUGAUAACAUUGACCCUUUCAAUACAGGAGGUAGUAAAAUUGCCAACUCCCCAGAACUAGGACGUAAAGGUCCAGUCUCUAUUGCUACGCCUGCAGAGAGUUUCCCUGUCCCUGCUGCAGACCCACAUCAAUAUAGCCCUCCAGCUCCUGUUCAGGAGCCAAUCACCAACCCUGAAGAGCAACCGAUCAACCCCAAGCGUCAGGCGGUAAGGCUGGAGUUUGACUACUCUGAGGAGAGCAGUGAGGUGUCACACCAGGCCUCACCCCCACUCAAGAAAGUGGGCAAGAAACCUGGUUCCAAGAUGCCUCUGAGGAAACCAAAGCUGGGGAUGAAGAAGGCUCCUCCAGCACAGCUGGAGCAGCUGGACAACGACUCUCCAGCAACACACAACGGCAACGACGAUGAAAUCUCUGCUCCUAAAGCAUCAUACAGUUUUGAAACGGACAAGUGGGAAAAUCCAAAUUUCAAUCCAUUUACCUCCAAGACAGGAAUUGGCAACUCCCCUAAAUCGUCCAGGCAGUCUUACAGCUUUGACCCCACUAACUUAGACGACUCAACAGAACCAUUCAAAUCCUCCAAUAAGAUGGCCGACUCUCCCCCGAAGGCCUCUGCCUCUUUUGAACUGUCAUCCAAUGACUAUGAUAAUGAAAAUGACAAUGACAACCUGGGGGAACUGGAGGACCAAAACCAGAACAAACCUGCCAAGAAAAAGAAAACUCCUCUCAAAUCGAAGUCCAGGGGUGUGUCCUCUCUAUGUUGUUUGUUUAAUACUUUCAGAGUGAAGAGGUCGCCAAAGAAAUCCCCACUGUCUGAAACAUCACCGGAUCCUACGUUCACAGAUGAGCCCUCCUCCCUCCACCCACAGGAAGACCACGCCACAGACGAGGAGAAGCUGGCCUCCUCCACCAGUCACAAGUGGGCCGCCCUGCAUGACAUGGAUGCAGAACUGAACUCUGACCAACAAGACUUUCCUCAGCCGAGCGACCUCACAUCCUUCGUUAAUGAGAUCAGUCUUCCUCAUCAGAGUCUAGUGCAAGACUAUGAAAUCGAGUACAUGGAGAAGAUUGGCUCCUCUUCGCCUCCACCCUCAGUGAAGAAGCCAUCUUUGUACCUGAAUCUGGAUUCAGUGUCUGACAAGUUAACCAAGAACAUGGGUGCACAUGGAUCUGAGCCCAGCUCCCCCUGCACAGGGAGCUUUGAGGAGAUGGAGGCCCAGAUAUCAGCAAGUAUAAAGACACCGGUGCUGAGCUCCCGGCCCGGACCCGAGGGCUCUGCCGGAGACAAGGGCAGGAAGAGAGAGAGUGAAUCUCUCAGUCGAACUCAGAGCUCAGAGAGGGACGAGCAGUCCCCUAGCCAGGGCCCCAUGGAGGCCCCUGCUCCUGUCCCGGCCAUGCCCCUGUUAGACAGGCUGUCUGAGUGUGAGGACCCUCUGCAGUACCUGGAGCCUGACCUGGCCGAGACCAACCCCACCGCAUUCGCCCAAAAGCUACAGGAGGAGCUGGUGCUUGCUGCCCUGAGGAUAGAGGCUCUGCAGGUAGCCAAAAACAUCUCUCAGUGCCCCUCCCUCUCCACUGUAACCCCCCAGCACAGAGACACGUUGUCUCCGGUGGAGAGUGCCGUGUCCAAGAACUCGCUGUACCCCAGGACCGCCACCACCAACUACAUCGAAGGGGAGAGUCCCCACCUGCCCAGGGAUCUGGACCACUCGUUGGGAAUUGCACGAGUAGAGAUUGUGACAAAGGAGAAAGAAGUGCUGGAGUGGCAGAGAAAGUAUGAAGACAGCCGACAGGAAGUGGGGGAGAUGAGGAGAAUUGUUGCUGAGUAUGAGAGGACAAUUUCACAGAUGAUUGAGGAUGACCAGAAAGAGAAGUCUCUCUCCCACCACACCAUCCAGCAACUGAUCGUGGAGAAGGACCAGGCCCUGUCCGACCUCAACUCCGUGGAGAAGUCCCUGGCCGAACUCUUCCGUCGUUACGAAAAGAUGAAAGAUGUGCUGGAGGGCUUCCGCAAGAAUGAAGAGGUUCUGAAGAAGUGCGCUCAGGAAUAUCUGUCCAGAGUCCGUAAGGAGGAACAGCGCUAUCAGGCCCUGAAGAUUCAUGCAGAGGAGAAACUAGACAAGGCCAAUUCAGACAUAGCUCAUGUGAGAAUCAAGGCCAAGCAGGAGCAGGCCGGACACCAGGCCAGUCUGAGGAAGGAGCAGAUGAAAGUGGACUCUCUGGAGCGCACUUUAGAGCAAAAGAACAAAGAGAUCGAGGAGCUGACAAAGAUUUGUGACGAGCUGAUCGCCAAGAUGGGGAAGAGUUAGCGCCUGCGUCACAUCCGGGCCAAGUCUCAAAGAGAAGACGAGUGGCAGUUGAAAAACUACUUAGAAAAUGAAGCAGAUCAGUUUUAUUUAUCACUCCACCAAGGACUAAUGGAGAUCUUAGCCCUGAGUGGUUUUGCAGAUUUUAUUACCUACUGACUUUGUCUCCACAGGAUCCACAGAAAUGGCUUCCUCUAAAUCACUCUGUACAUUGUUUUGAUGUGUCAGCGUAUCGUAUUGUAACAGAGGUCUGAUUUAAAGAUUUAGAAAAUGUACCAUAUCACUAAUGAGUGUGUUGGUGUGUGUGUGAGAGAGUGUGGGUGUGUGUGUCGAUGAGAGAGUGAGAGCAUUGUUUGUGGGUGAAAAUUAUCUAUAAUGUUGUUGCCAUGACAGCCAUUGAGGGAGAAGACUGUUUACCCGCUCCUGUUGUCGUCUCAAAGAUAGGCUUUGACAAAGAGUAUCAGAGAGUUAGAUUCAUUUAUAACAUGUUGAUACACCACAAAGAGAACUCAAACUAUCACAGUAGCUUCCUGCAUGUGAGAGAGAAAUGUUAAUGUUUGUAUAUACCAUAGGAAAUUCCAAGUAUCUGCAUUUUUGAUAGUUAUUCUGUCAUCCUCAGUGCGCUUUUCCUCAUGUAACCUUGUAGAUAUUUGUCAUACUUGUCAUAGCUUUCUCGAUGAAAUCGUGGGGACUUUAUUUUUUUGAUUUUAUUUUGAUAUGAGGCAAACUAAUCGUGACUGUAUUCAGUUGUGACAAGGAGUAAUUUAAUUUUGGAUGGAUAUGUCCUCGUCCUGCUAUGGUGGUUGUGUCACACUGAGGAAAAACCUUCUGCACAGCUACUGUACAGCGUCUGCUUACAAAGUGCAAUAAAAGAUGGCAAUACAGCA